AUGGCUAGGAUCGUGGGUAUGGUAAUGCCUAUUCCCAUGCCUACUGCUGCCCCUGUCGAGAUGGCUGCGGCCGCAGUUUGUGAUCCUGAUGUCGCGGUUGGUUCGGAGCUGGUUGUUGUUGUAGCCUCUUCUGAUGUGGUUGUAACUUCAGAGGUUGUAGAUGUAGUGGGGAGGGAGACCGAGGCGACUGUGGCGAUAUAUGUUAUCAUUCCUGCAUUUAAAGAGAACUGGGUUACAUUCUCGUUCUUGCAGCAGGGGGUCGAUCCGCCAUCCGCGCAGCACCAAGAGCGCGAUACAUCGUCGCAAGAUAAGAGGUUCAUGCCGGAACCUGAGAACACUAUUUUAUAG